CUCCGGCCUGCAGACGACGGCAUGUCGUUCUCUCUGUCCCCUCACUCGCACGUUACAACACCAACUACAGACAGUCAUGCGUCUGAUCACCCUCCUCUUGUUGAGUUCCCUCGGCCUCAAGCAGGCGCUGGCUUUGGGAGACCCACAAGUCGUCUACUUCCCCACAGCAGAUCAACUCUCAGCAAAAGAGUAUUCCUAUCUCCCUUCCCAGCUCUCCCAGCAGGCGACCUUCGACUAUCCCAGCUUUGAAAAGGCGGAGAAGGGCUUCAUCCUUGCUGCGGCGGACCAUCAGUAUACGGCCCCACUUCUACUCUCUUCGAAAGAAGAUCAGGCUAUCCAUCGUGCUGCCCGAACCUUUGCUGAGGACGUCCUCAAAGUCACCGGACACCAACCAGAUAUCUACAACGACACACUACCCAGCCAUGUCGAGAGGGCUGUCAUUGUGGGCAGUCUCAAGAGCCAUAUUGUGCGAGAGCUUCGGGCACAAGACGGGGUGAGAGCAGAGCUGGAUGGCAAGUGGGAGAGCUAUGAUAUCCGGUGUCUCUCGUCUCCUCUUCGAGGGUUGAAAGAGUCCCUCGUCUUGACCGGGUCAGACAAGAGAGGUACGAUAUACGCUCUCUACGCCCUUUCCUCCCAAUUCGGUAUAUCGCCCUUCCACUUCUUCUCCGACGUGCCCUACCCACAGCACCCCACCAUCGCAUUCGACAAGUCCCAGGUCCUAUCCCACGGCGAGCCCACAGUCAAGUAUAGAGGGUUGUUCAUCAAUGAUGAGCAUCCUGCGCUUUGGGGCUGGGCGAUGGAGCACUGGGGCAAGGAGAGAUGGGAGCCGGCUCUGGUGGUGGAGUUUUAUGAGAAGUGGUUUGAGAUGAUGCUGAGGCUGAAGGCAAACUACUUUUGGCCCGCUAUGUGGGCGUCCCAGUUCUACUCCGACGGCCUUCCACCCAACUCAUCCGCCAAUACCCCAGGUCCGAACCUUCUCCUCGCCGCCUCCUUCGGCCUCGUCCCCGGUACAUCCCACCACGAGCCCAUGGGCCGUAACAAGCCCGAAUGGGAUGCUUCACAUAAAGGCGCAUGGGAUUGGACGGAGAACAAACAAGAGAUGGAGGAGUUUUGGAGGGCGGGGGCAGAGAGGGGCGCGGAGGCGGGUGCGGAUAUCGUCUAUACGAUGGGGAUGAGGGGAGAUGGCGAUGAGCCUUUGCAGGGGGCGAGCAAUGCUUUGGUACAGAAUAUCACAAACGUCCAGCAAGGUAUACUCAAAGAUGUUUACAAGACUGACGAUCUCGAGUCCAAAGGAGUGGGCCAGGUGUGGUGUAUGUACAAGGAGGUAGCGGGGUACUAUCAGAACGGACUUGAAGUUCCUGAUGAUGUCACCGCACUCUUCGCUGAUGACAACUAUGGUAACAUCGUAUCUGUCCUUCCUCCCGAGCGAGAAGGGCACAAGGCCGGUGCUGGGAUCUACUAUCAUCUUGACUACGUCGGUUGGCCGAGGAAUUACAAAUGGAUCCAUACCAUCAACCUCGCCAAAACAUGGGACCAAAUGAACAUUGCUCGGGCCUUCAACACGACUCAAAUUUGGAUCGUCAACAUUGGUACUCUCAAGCCGCUGGAACAGCCGACGGAAUGGUUCCUCGACUCGGCUUGGGACUCUGAGAGAUGGCCUAGGGGGAGCUGGAGGGAGUGGAGGGAACAGUGGGCGAAGAGAGAGUUCGGGGUCGGGGAGGAGGUGGGUAGAGAAGUGGGCGAUAUCAUGGGGCGAUAUGAGUUGCUGGCGUCGAGGAGAAAAGCAGAGCUCGUUGAUUCUGAGACGUGGUCUAUCAUCAACUACAACGAAGCUGAGCAGGUGCUCGCCGAAUGGACCAGUCUCACCGAACGCGCCACAAAAGUCUACGACCACCUUCCCGAGGAGAGGCGAGCGGCAUUCUUCGAGCUUGUCCUCAUGUUGUGUGCUGCUCAAGCCAAUUUGAACAAGCUGCAUAUUGCUGUGGCAAGGUCAAAAUUGUACGCCUAUCAAGCUAGGACAGCUGCGAAUGUCUUUGCCCAAGAGGCUAUCGAUGCUUUCCAUCAGGACGCAAACAUCACCGAGACAUUCCAUGCUUUGCUGGAUCGUAAAUGGGACCACAUGUGGGACCAAUCUCACAUCAACUACUACGAAGCUCUGGAACCAGUCCGCGACUCUCUCCCUCCCAUCCACUUUGUUAACCCGAACCAGCCCGUCUUCCCUGGCAUUCCCCUCAGGCCACAAGAUCUCCCAGGCCAAGUAGCACAUAUGCGCGUCACAGUGGAAAACUCGUUCGGCGCCUGGCCGGGCAAUACCUUCCUCAAUUGCCCACAGAUGUUUCAUUGCGCGGAUCCAACUUUGAAGACACUUGAUCCGUGGGGAGAGGGGAAGCGGUGGGUAGAUAUAGGAGCGGGUGGGCCGAGGGAUGUCGAAUGGACUGCAGAGGGGAGUGAUGAGUGGGUCAUCGUCCAUCCGAAGCUGGGAAAGACGAAGAGGGAUGGCUCGGCGGACGAGAGAGUCUGGAUCUCAAUCGACUGGGAUAACGUCCCUCGAAGCUUGGAAGGAAAAGCGGUCAGACUUGAAAGCCGUGUCGAGAUCAAGGGAAGUGACUACACCAACGUGACUGUCACCAUCCCCAUCUUCAUCCCGUCCGACGUUCCAUCCUCAUUCUCGGGCCACGUCGAAGGUGACGGAUACAUUGUCAUCGAAGCGCCUCACUUCUCGCGCAACUCUUCUUCCUCGGGCUACGCUUUCGAAGUGCUCGAGGGGUAUGGACGAACGCUAGGAGGGAUGGAGGUGUUCCCUGCCACUACUCACAACUUUUCCUUGGGUAAAGGGCCCAAGCUGGAGUAUGAUUUCUGGACGCAUGAGGGUGGGGUGAAAGACGGAGAGAAUGUGGAGAUUACGGUUCAGCUCGGCCCAACACUCAACUUUCUCCAAGGGCGUGAGCUUGCUUUCGGUCUUCAGCUCGACGACCUCCCACCCCGAGAGAUCCAUCCCAUACCCACCAAACACCUCGGAGAGUCUGAUCAGAGUAAAGUCGGAUCGGUACCGGCUGACUGGAUGGAAUCGGUCAGUCAAGAGAUCAGGAACGUUACGAUGAAGGUGGAGAGGGUUGAAGGAUGGGAGAGCGGACAGCAUACGAUAACCAUAUGGGGGAUGACGGCGGGCAUUGUGGUGGAGAGGAUAUGGGUCGAUCUGGGUGGCAUCAGGGAUAGGGGCUGCAGCUAUCUCGGCCCCCCUGAAAGCAAACGAGUAGUAUUAUGA